AUGGCUGGAAAUUUAGCAGACUCAUUAACACAACCAAUUAAUGAUCAAUUGAAAAAAGCUACUGGUGGUUCUACUGGAUCAACCGGCUCAUCAGCUAAACCUUCAAAAAUUCGUGAGUUUACACCAGAAUAUUAUGCAGCUUGUACAAUUGGUGGUAUGAUAGCUUGUGGUCCUACUCAUUCUGCUGUAACUCCAUUAGAUUUAGUUAAAUGUAGAAGACAAGUUGAUGGUCAUUUAUAUAAAUCAAAUAUUCAAGGUUGGAAAACUAUUUUAAAAACUCCUGGUGAUUCAAUUUUUACAGGUGUUGGAGCAACUUUUAUAGGUUAUGCUUUUCAAGGUGCUGGUAAAUAUGGAUUUUAUGAAUAUUUUAAAAAAAAAUAUAGUGAUUUAGUUGGACCAAAAUAUGCAAAAGAAUAUAAAACAGGAGUAUUUUUAGCUGCUUCUGCAUCAGCUGAAUUUUUAGCUGAUAUUGCAUUAUGUCCAUUUGAAACUAUAAAAGUCAAAACUCAAACUACAAUUCCUCCAUUUGCUAAUUCAGUUGUUGAUGGUUGGAAAAAAAUUGUUGCAAGUGAAGGUGUUGCAGGAUUAUAUAAAGGAAUUGUACCAUUAUGGUGUAGACAAAUUCCUUAUACAAUGGUUAAAUUUGCAAGUUUUGAAAAUAUAGUUGAUAGAAUUUAUAAAUUUUUAGGAAAACCAAAAUCAAGUUUUUCAACUUUACAACAAACUGAAGUUUCAUUUGCUGGUGGUUAUUUAGCUGGUAUAUUAUGUGCUAUUGUAUCACAUCCUGCUGAUGUUAUGGUUUCAAAAAUUAAUUCUGAUAAAAAACCAGGUGAAACAACAGGUCAAGCUUUAAGUAGAAUUUAUAGUAAAAUUGGAUUUGCAGGUUUAUGGAAUGGUUUACCAGUUAGAAUUUUUAUGAUUGGUACUUUAACUGGAUUCCAAUGGUUAAUAUAUGAUACAUUUAAAGUCCUUGUUGGUUUACCAACAACUGGUGGUCAUUAA